AUGUCCAAUCAUCUAUCUUCUGAUCAUGCAACUGGAAAAAAAUCUGAAUAUUGUUGUGAAUAUGGAUCAACAAAAUAUUUUAUUUAUUGUGGAUUAGGUGGUAUGCUUAGUUGUGGUAUUACACAUCCACUGAUGGUUCCUAUCGAUGUUAUUAAAUGUCGUGUUCAAGUAAAUAAACAGAAAUACAAAAAUCUCGUAACUGGUUUUAAAAUUACUAUGGCAGAAGAAGGAGCACGUGGAUUAGUCAAAGGAUGGUCACCAACACUUAUUGGAUAUUCGCUUCAAGGUUUUGGCAAAUUUGGUUUUUACGAAUUUUUCAAAGACUUCUAUAGUAAAAUGUUAGGAGAAGAAAAAACUUAUUUAUAUCGUACAGCAAUUUAUUUGGGCGCUGGUGCGUCAGCUGAAUUUAUAGCUGAUAUAGCUUUAGCCCCAUUUGAAGCUACGAAAAUUCGUAUUCAGACACAAGAUAAUUGGGCUAGAAAUUUACGUGAAGGAAUGCCCAAACUUUAUGCUGAAGAAGGUUUUACUGGCUUUUAUAAAGGUAUUGUACCUCUUUGGUUUCGACAAAUUCCUUAUACAAUGAUGAAAUUUGCUUGCUUUGAGAGAACUGUCGAAGCACUCUAUAAAUAUGUCGUACCUAAAUCACGUGAACAAUGCUCAAAAUUAGAACAACUUGGUGUCUCAUUUGUUGCUGGUUAUACUGCGGGUAUUAUCUGUGCUGUGGUAAGCCAUCCAGCCGAUGUUAUAGUAUCGAAGCUCAAUGAGAAAAAGGAGUUGACUUUAACUCAAGCUAUACAACGUGUCGGCUUUGCAGGUAUGUGGCAAGGCCUUGGAGCACGUAUUUUGAUGAUUGGUACACUUACUGCUCUUCAAUGGUUUAUCUACGAUUCGGUUAAAAUUAGUCUUGCUAUGCCACCAGUUCCAACACCAGAACAACCAUCGAAUCAAUCUUCAAAAAAGGAUAACAAUCACAAUCAGAAUAAAAAAACUUAA